UCUCCCUCGGUCGGCCGCAUCCACUGCCCGUACCCCCCCAAACUGCCCCCGACCGCCUUUCCUCUCUUCGGUUACCCUCCUCUCCAAACAGGUAAUCCCCACAUAGGGCCACACUCGACCGCAAAGAGUUAAGACAAAACACAGUUCCUAAAGCAUCCAUUUUGCAGAGCAACCGCCCACUCAUCUCCCAAAAUGGCAACCGAAAUCACCGAUCACGACCAGAAGCUUUCUGAGUCGGCUGUCGAUGACACUGGUGUCGGCAAUGGCAAUGGUGCAUUGGGAGCCGAUGCAAAUCGCGGCACCAAGCGACCGCGACCCAGCAACGUGGACGACGAUGACGAUGAUGAUGACAAGCCGGGCCGUGAGCGACGCAAAAUUGAAAUUAAGUUCAUCCAGGACAAGUCGCGAAGGCACAUCACCUUUUCCAAGCGAAAGGCUGGCAUCAUGAAGAAGGCGUACGAAUUGUCCGUCCUUACCGGAACGCAGGUGCUACUGCUCGUCGUCUCCGAGACCGGUCUAGUCUACACGUUCACGACUCCCAAGCUUCAACCUCUCGUCACCAAGCCCGAAGGCAAGAACCUCAUUCAGGCUUGCCUCAACGCGCCCGAGCCCACCAGUGCCAACGAUAACGACAUCAACGGCGAACCGCCGGUCGAGUCUCCCGAGGAAACCCACCCGCAAGCUCGAGGCGGGAUGCCCCCCGGCGGUGGUAUGCCACCGACCCCAUAUGGCCUGACACCAGAACAAGCGCUCCAGUAUCAGACAUACUUGCAGCAACAACAGCAGGCCGGCGGCUCAUACGCAGGGCUACCUCAGAAUCGGAUGCCAACCCACCCUCAACACCAAUAGACGGGAACCUGUCUGUAGAGAUGAUCCCCUGGCGUGGCAUAACAUUCUCAGUCCGUAUGAUGAUAUAAUAUGGGAUCGGUUGGC